AUCAAACACCUAAUUAAACGUUCAUUGAUGCAGAUUUAAAUUUUAGUGAAACAAAAACGUUUUCACAUUAUUUACUUUUCUCGUCAUGAAAAAGAAUUAAUUUUCAUUAUUUUUGAUAAAUUUCAGUCUAAGUGUUUACUUUGCUGAGAAAUAAAGGUAAUAUAGAAGAUGGGAGACAUAGAUUUUGAAGAACAACUCGAACUGGAGAAGCUUGAACAAGAGCAUAAAGCAAAACUUGCAAAAGAAGGCAAAGGGGAGAGAGUGGAUCCUGAUGGCACAGUCUAUGAGUGGGACACUGAAAAACAAGCGUGGUUUCCAAAGAUUGAUUCCGACUUUAUUGCCCAGUAUCAAAUGAACUAUGGAGAGGAGAGUGGAGGGGCAGAUGGAGACAAAGACAAACAGACUGAUUAUGAAAAAUAUUACAAUUACUAUCAGAACUAUAAUCAAGCGCAGUUACAGCAUGAAGAGUUGCUGACUAAGAAAAAGAAAGAGGCACAGGGUGACGAGUCUCACGAGGAAACUCUACAGAAACUGGAGACUUUGGAGAAUAGGAUGCAGGAACAGGGAGAUUCCGGAGAACAGUCUGGAGAUUAUCAGCCUGAUUCUAAGGAAGACAUGGAGAAGUACACAGAGGACCAGAAGAAACAGUACAAUGAGUAUUGGUCAUACUACUACAGUACAGACUAUCACGAUUACUAUGCUGAUUGCAUGGCUCAGUAUGCUAGUGAGGCAGCAACGGAGGAGAAAAAGGAGGAAGAUCAGGAUGGAAAGAAAAAGGGAAAGAAAAGAAAAGGACAGCCACAGCAAAGAGAUGAAGCAGGUUGGUUUCAAGUUGAUGACGAGCACAACACUAAUGUGUAUGUGUCCGGCCUUCCUCUGGAUAUCACAAUGGAGGAGUUUAAAGAGAUGAUGACUAAGUAUGGCCUUGUUAUGUAUGAUCCUAGAACACGUCAGCCUAAAAUGAAACUGUAUAUGGAUGAAAAUGGGCAGCCCAGGGGUGACGGUAGAUGUUGUUUUAUUAAGAAAGAGUCUGUAGAUCUGGCCCUCAAUCUGCUGGAUGGUUUGGAAUAUAAAGGUCACAAAAUAAAGGCAGAGAGAGCCCAGUUCCAUCUGAAAGGUGAAUAUGAUCCUAGUAAGAAGAAAAAGAAACUGACCAACAAAGAGAAGAGAAGGCUGAAGGAGAGACAGGCAAAAUUAUUUGACUGGAGACCAGACAAGCUUCGUGGAGCUAGACAAAAGCAUGAGAAGGUUGUUGUCCUCAAAAAUGUGUUUGAUCCUAAAACAUUUGAGGAUGACCCAGUACAGAUAAAUAUUCUGACAAGAGAUAUGAGGACGGAAUGUACUAAAUAUGGAGAAGUAAAGAAAGUUGUAGUUUAUGAUAGGCAUGAAGAUGGGGUGGUGACUGUUCACUUUAAGGAACCUGAAGAGGCAGAUAUGUGUAUAGAACACAUGAACCAACGUUACUUUGCACAGCGACGACUGCUGGCAGCCACAUGGGACGGUCAAACUAAAUAUGAGAUCCUGGAAACAGAGGCAGAGAGAGAAGCUCGACUGAAGAAAUGGGAGAAGUUUCUUGAAACUGGAGAAAAGGAAGAAAAAUCUGCUAACCAAGCAACUAGUAGUGCUAGCAAUGGUAGCAGUGUAUCUACUGACUCUAAAAGUGAAGAUAAAACUCAGAAAUCUGAAGAAGAAUCAACAAAUUCCAGUGAAUCAGCAAUUGCAGCCGAAGACAGUAAGACUGAAAAAGACAGAGGUGUUUCUGAUACAAAAGAAGCGGAUGUUAGUAAUGAUAGUGCCUCGAAAGACGAAACUGAAGAUGUGGUAAUGGACACUGAAAAUGAUAGCAUAGAAAGUGGUCAACCAAAGAAAGAAGAGAAGACAUAAAGUGACAGAGAAUAUGGUUAUUAAUGUGAUUAAUUGUAUGAUAGUGCUCAGGUUAAAAUGGAAUUUGUACAAAAUUUCUUAAAUAUUUAUAUUUUGAUAAAAUUUUGAUAUUUUAGCAUGGAUAAAUUCCAUUUCACUGCAGGGUUUGGACAGCAGAGAGAUUGAAAUUGAUCAAACAAAUGUCUUUAUUUCUUGGGCAGGAAGACAUUAAUGGAUUUGUUAUGGAGUAUGUACUUGUUACAUGUAGUCACUGUGGUUGUGUUAAAAGUUCUUUUUAAUGCAGCUAAUAGAAACUGCCACAUGUAGACACAUUCGUGAAGGAUAUCUUUAUUAAAUCUGAUAGAAAAUUAAAA